GGGAGGACAGGGUUGCGGCGGGCGGAACGGUGUCUCCUUCACUUCGCCCUCCAGCCGCGGCAGCUGCAGCCCGACACUGAGCGAGCUGAGCGGCCUCAGCUGCUAGCGGAGCGGCAGCGGCGCCUUCCCUUCCCCCCCGGAGACCACCAGAUCACCUCUCCCCACGGCCUCGCCAUGGCGACCUAUGGACAGAACUGCGCGCGGCCAAUGUGUAUUCCUCCAUCAUAUGCUGACCUUGGCAAAGCUGCCAGAGAUAUAUUCAACAAAGGAUUUGGUUUUGGGUUGGUGAAAUUGGAUGUGAAAACAAAGUCGUGCAGCGGCGUGGAAUUCUCAACAUCUGGUUCAUCUAAUACAGACACUGGUAAAGUUACUGGGACCUUGGAGACCAAAUAUAAAUGGUGUGAGUAUGGUCUGACUUUCACAGAAAAGUGGAACACUGAUAACACUCUGGGAACAGAAAUCGCUAUUGAAGACCAGAUUUGCCAAGGUUUGAAACUGACAUUUGAUACCACCUUUUCACCAAACACAGGAAAGAAAAGUGGUAAAAUCAAGUCUUCUUACAAGAGGGAAUGUAUAAACCUUGGUUGUGAUGUUGACUUUGAUUUUGCUGGACCUGCAAUCCAUGGUUCGGCUGUCUUCGGUUAUGAGGGCUGGCUUGCUGGGUACCAGAUGACCUUUGACAGUGCCAAAUCAAAGCUGACAAGGAAUAACUUUGCAGUGGGCUACAGGACUGGGGACUUCCAGCUACACACUAAUGUCAAUGAUGGUACAGAAUUUGGAGGAUCAAUUUAUCAGAAAGUAUGUGAAGAUCUUGACACUUCAGUAAACCUUGCUUGGACAUCAGGAACCAACUGUACUCGCUUUGGAAUUGCAGCUAAAUAUCAACUGGAUCCCACUGCUUCCAUUUCUGCAAAAGUCAACAACUCUAGUUUAAUUGGAGUGGGCUAUACUCAGACUCUGAGGCCUGGUGUGAAGCUUACACUGUCUGCCCUGGUAGAUGGGAAGAGCAUUAAUGCUGGAGGCCACAAACUUGGGCUUGCCCUGGAAUUGGAGGCUUAAUUCAGCUGAAAGAAACCUCUGGAAAUGGGUAUCAGAAGAUUUGGCCUUAAUAUAUUUCCAGUGUGACCAGCAGGCUUCCCCCACCCCACCCCCCGAAGGUGAUCAAAACAAAGGAUGAUCUAAACAAGAGCUGUAUUUUAAAUAUUUAGACAGUUACUUGUUAGCUGGUUUCUAGUUCAAUUGGUUGUCUAUCUAGUUACCAAUACUGCAGUCAUGCAGUCACCUAUACAUUAUUUAAAUGUAUUUAACUGUUAAAUGCGCUACCCACCAAUAAUGAAAUAGACAUUUAUGAAAACUGUG